UUGGCAUGGUUUUUAGGUGAUGUGUUAUUAUUCUUUUGAAUCUCGAGAAUUAACAAAAAUAAUUCUUAUCAUCAGAUAUCUGGAUGUGAAUGCUCUACCAACAAUUAUCUUCAAAGCAAACAUCAAAUGACGAUUUCUAAGCAAAACUAGUGCUUUGAAGAAAGACUUAAAUUAUUAAAGAGGGUUCUACCAACUUGGUUACCACUAACUAUCAAUCAUGGCCACUUGCCUUUUCUCAUGGUUAAAUACUGAGCUUUACAACAAUCAAUGGCUUGUGUCAAAAAAAAAAAAAAAAAACAAUCAAUGGCAUAAGCACACUAUUCAAGCAACCAUGACAAUGACAUGAUUUGAUUGUCUUCAAAUUGUCAAAUAAAGCCGCAAUUUAACACAGUAAUUCAUCACCGUUUGAAAUUAAUUACACAGUUUAAAAUAUUUUGAAAAGUAUUCACUUUAAAAAUCAUAAUAAUGAUCUAUCAUUAGAUUCAUCUUCCUAAAAAAUAUAGGCAUUUAUUCAACCCGUGGUGUCACAACUCACAAUUGAAUCACCAAAGUAGCACACAAUAGUAACGAAGAGAGGCUUGAAUAUUAGGAUUAGUAUGAGCAUAAUAAAUGACAGAUAUAUGCUUGUAUUAUUUAUGCUAAUCUUCUAGCACUAUAUAAAGCUACAACCUCCAGACCAAAUAUGUAACCCAAAACCCAAAAUGGCCGAUCAAAAUUACCAUAAAAAUGAUCAAAAAUAUGACCUUAAACAUCCCUCAAUUGCAGCAAUCAUAGUACCCUUUCCAAUGCAAGGCCAUCUCAAUGAGUCUCUCCAUCUUUCCAUUCUCAUAGCAUCCUAUGGCAUACCGGUCCAUUUUAUCGGAUCCAUAGCACACAAUCGCCAAGCCAAGCUACGUCUCCAUGGUUGGGACCCGAAAGAUACAAGUAAAAUGCACUUUCAUAACUUACAACUACCGCCUUUUACCUUAAAUAAUCCUCCCAAACUCAAUGCCUAUACUAAAUUCCCUGGUCACCUCCAACCACUUUUCGAUGCUGCCUUACAGCUUCGUAAACCUGUGUUUCAACUUCUACAAGAACUCUCAGCUAAGUAUCGAAGAAUCAUCAUUAUUCAUGAUACUAUGAUGGCUUCAGUUGUUCAAGAUGUAAAACUAAUCCCAAAUGCAGAGUCAUAUGCUCUCCAUACUGUCUCUGCCUUCACCAUCUUCUUCCACAUUUGGGAGUCGAUAGCCAAGAAACCUUUCCAACUAGAUAUCGAUAUCCCAAACCACAAAGUUCCCUCGAGUGAAGGGUGCUUUACACCCGAGUUUGAAGACUUUGUAGCAAAGCAAUACAAAGUCUUGAACUUCGAGAGUGGAAGACUCUACAACACAUGCAGACAGAUUGAAGGUAGAUAUAUGGACUUACUGGCAAAGCUACCAAAAAAUGCUAACAAAAAGCAUUUUGCAAUUGGACCAUUGCAUCCGGUUGAGAUAAAAGGCAGAUACAGCAAUAGCAGACAUAGAUGCCUCGAGUGGCUGGACAAACAAGAGACUAAUUCAGUAAUAUAUGUGUCAUUUGGAACGAGCAUAUCGAUGACAGAAAAGCAGAUCAGCGAGUUGGCUGUUGGAUUGGAAAGAAGCAGGCAGAAGUUUUUAUGGGUUGUUAGAAGUGCUGACGGAGUAGAUAUAGCUGCAGAAGAUGAUGUGAGAAGGCCUCGGCUGCCAAAAGGUUACGAAGACAGGGUAAAGGACAGGGGAAUGGUGGUAAAAGACUGGGCACCGCAGCCUGAAGUUCUUGCACACCCAUCAACAGGAGGAUUCAUGAGUCACUGUGGUUGGAACUCGUGUAUAGAGAGCAUCAGUAUGGGAGUGCCAAUAGCAGCAUGGCCUAUGCAUUCUGAUCAGCCAAAAAACAACAUUUUGAUAACAGAAGUCCUAAAGAUAGGUUUAUUAGUCAGGGAUUGGGAACAAAGAGCUAAGCGAGUCACAUCAACUUCUGUAGAGAACGCAGUAACACGAUUGAUGACAUCAAAGGAAGGAGAUGAGAUGAGGAAAAGGGCAACAAAACUAGGUGGUGCAGUCCGAGGAUCAGUUGCAGAUGGUGGAAGUUCUCGCUUAGAAAUGGAUUCUUUCAUUGCUCAUAUCAGUAGAUGAUAAUCUUUCUCAUCAAACUACAUAAGAAGGUUAAAUAAAAAGCCUUUAAGUGAACAUAUUGUUUCUCUUUGUAAACUUUACUCGUAGAUUAACACUAUUACAUCAAUAUUACUGAAAUAAAUUGCAAUACAAUCUUGCAUGAAACUACAGUUGUA